AUGACAAACGAAACUGUAGAUGCUGCUGAUCGCCUUAAGAUAGGCCCACGUGAAAAUGUUAACUAUCCCAUAGUCAUGAAAUACUGUGGGCACUGCAGCAUGCCUAUUGAGUAUUGCGAAUACUAUCCCGAGUACGACAAAUGCAAGGACUGGCUAGAGCGCCAUUUGCCCGAUGACUUUGAGCGGCUCAAAAUUGAGGAGGAGCAGGCAGCUGCCGAUGGCACAGAGGAUGACAAGAAACGUCAGAAGCGUGGCGGCAAGGGACUGCUACGUGUCAAGAAGAAGGAGGAUGUGCCCAAGAAAAUCUGUGUAUCUCGUGCUGCGCGUGGCAAAAAGAAGUCCGUCACUGUGGUAACUGGUCUAAGCACAUUUGAAAUUGAUCUGAAAGUUGCUGCCAAGUUUUUUGGAACCAAAUUCGCCUGCGGUUCUUCUGUCACCGGCGAUGAUGAGAUUGUCAUACAAGGCGAUGUCAAGGAUGAACUCUUUGAUGUCAUACCCGAGAAGUGGCCAGAAAUCGAUGAAGAUGUUAUUGAGGAUUUGGGCGAUCAGAAGCGUUAACCCAACCAGUCCAGCCAGUCAACAGCCAUGCUAAUGUACUGUACUUAUUUUAUACGCAAAAUACAUAAAAUAUUCAACUAAAA